AUGGAGUCGGUGAGAAGAGCAGUGAAGCAAAUAGCCCACACCCCUCCCUCUCAAUGGCUAUCUACGCUCUCUCCUUACCAUCUCUCUCUAACCCCUCUUCUCUUUCUGGCGUCCUCUCUCUACUCCGUCGCCAUCCGCCUCCGCCGCCAGCUCCACCGCCUCAACAUCUUCGAAGAACACCGGUUGCCGGUGCCGGUGAUUAGUGUCGGGAAUUUGACGUGGGGAGGCAAUGGGAAAACUCCAAUGGUGGAAUUUUUGGCUCGCUCAUUCGCUGGUGACGGAGUUUCGCCACUCGUUCUAACUAGGGGGUAUGGUGGUGCAGAUGAAGCUAGGAUGCUUCAGAGGCAACUCAAAGGAACUUCCUCUAAAGUUGGUGUGGGCGCAAAUCGAGUAGCUAUUGCCACUAAAUUCCUCGAACAAUAUGGUUACAUGAAUUUCCAUGGUACUUAUGAUAAACUCUUCUCUGGUGAGAAAAUGGAAGUGCAGUCUAAUUCUGAUCGAGUUGGGGUCGCUAUCCUCGAUGAUGGGAUGCAGCACCUGAGUGUAAUGCGUGAUUUAGAGAUUGUAAUGGUGAACGCACUGAUGCCAUGGGGAAAUCAUCUAUUAAUUCCACUCGGAGCUUUAAGGGAGCCUUUGACUGCACUCAGCCGUGCUGAUAUUCUAGUCAUCCACCAUGUGAAUUUGGUACCUGAAAAUGCUAUCGAAACCUUAGAGUCGACAAUUCAAAGUGUCAAAAAAGCCCUUCCAAUUUUCUUCACUAGAAUGACUCCGGUUCACUUCUCCCCAUGUCGGAACAUUUCCUGUAAAAUACCCCUGAAAGCUGUUGAAAAUAUGGUUGUAUUAUGCCUUUCAGGCAUUGGAUGUGCUGAUUCUUUCAUUCAGAGCAUAGAAAGGAUGGGAGCAGCAUAUGUGGACCACCUGGACUUCAGUGACCACCAUUUAUUUCAAUUGAACGAAAUUAAAAUGGUACUGGCGAGACUUGAAGCACUUGAAGCCGAGUUUGCCUCCAAUCCUGUUGUUAUUGUGACUGAAAAGGAUUAUGACAGAGCUCCCAAGGUGCUCGAGCACAUGAGUCGUUACCAAGUUUUGGUUCUCUGUAGUCGAUUGGAAUUUGUGGCGCGUAAAGGUAGCACGGAAGAUGGAUUCAAAAAGGCGGUGAGAGAGCUUUUGGGCCAAAGGGUCCUUAGUGUAAAUAAGAGGUAA